UCGCGUCACUAUAUUUUUCCCAAGUCCGCAGUCCCAGCGAUGACGUUAUGAAUUUGAGUGAUAUUUGUGUAAAGCUAGUCGCGAGCUGACGGCGAUGCGCGCCAAUGUAACGUACCUCGCAAUUAUAUCAUUACAUGUAAUUAAUUAAAAAAUUAAUCGGUCCAGCAUGCGGGUGUGUUUGCUAGUCGUGUUGUCUGUGAGUUACUGUGCUAGUAAAGUUUAUGUCGAUAAAAUUGACCGCUACAUAAUAUCCUGCCACACAACAGACUUCGAGUGCUUCAAGCGACAGUACAAAGCGUUGAGAGACAACGUGUUGCUAGGCAACGACCGGAUAGGCAUACCCACGUAUGAACACUAUGUGUUCGCGUAUGGAGGCGGCACCUGUGUCAAGCUGACGGGCUUGGAGGAGAGUGAGCUUGCUGGUAUUAAAUUGGAAAGCGAACCAAAGAAAUUGACACUAGUAUUAGAACUACCCCUGAGGAUCCAGCAAGUCAAAGACACGAUAAAAGUUUGCGCCAGACCAGACAGAGAAUUCAACUUCAUUCAACCACAGAAAAAUCCCUUAAUGAGGUUCACGGGCAAUGCGACAAUCGGCAUAACAUACCCGUACAAGUUGAAAAAGAAGAAGGGCUUGAUCUACAUGCAGUUGGAAGACGAGAACUUGGAUGUCAUACUGGAUAUCCCGGAUCUCAGCCAUUUCCACUUAAACAGCGAAGUUGAAGCUAAGUUAUACGAAUGGUCGGAGUGGGCGUACGAGGUGGUGCAGCACGUGGACGCUGCUGAAUACUUCGCGUUGCCAUACACCACACAGCUCAGGACAUUGAUGGAGCAUCUGCCGUUGUACAGAUUCAUCAUGCUUUACCCAGAUGAGGAAUACCACGACUUACACUUCAGUUUUUCAGAAGCAACCGUGGUCACUAACCCGUAACGUAACAUAGGAAUAGCAUAAGAUUUAUCUGGGGAUACAAACAGUAAAACAAUUGACAAAUAAACAGGUUAAGUAGGGAUAAAAAGAACAAAACUUAAAACUAUGCUCCAUUUGAGUAGAAACACAAGUAGGUGAUCACCCUGUAGACAAAACAGUCGGCCGACCGUUCGCAAUUUUUUUUAACGAAAAUCUGGAUUCCAUUCAAGGUUUUCAAUCUUUGUAAAGGGCUUAUUACAUUUGACUAAAUUCAGUCGUCUAAAUAGGUUUGUCUAAUUAGGUUUCUAAAUGAUUUAAUGAAACCUAACUUCUGAUGAAAUGCGAUUACA